GAAAACUUGACAAUUUACAAAGUUGGCAGCACCAUCUUCUCUUCAUCAGUCUUUUUCUCUGAAGAAAUCUUUAAUUCAUUACUUUAUUUUCCGCAAGUUUUAAUUCUGUUGGUCUUUUCUAUUAAUUAUGAAUCAAAAAAAUGAAAAUUGUGCGGAAAAUGUUCAUAAAAAAAUGAGCAAGGACGAUGAAAUCGAAGAACUGAAGAAGGAACUGUCCUACAUGACCAAGAAACUAAGUUACAAGGAGGAACUGAUCAAUUCUCUUAAGGAGUCCAUUUUAACCUAUAAGGAAUCAGGCUCAAGAGUAAGUAAGUCUCAUGACCUGCACAUCAAGCUUCUUCAGGAAAAAAGUAAUCAACUGAAAAUGGCCUUAACUGAGUUGCACACCCAAAUGAAUACUCAAAAGAAGCGCAACGGGGAACUAGUUUCUGAAAAUGCAAUGCUAAAAGCAAUGUUGGCCAGUCUGCAAGCCAAUUCAAAUCAAUAAAUUGCUAUUUUUUUUGUUGCAACUGCUUCUGCGAAAAUAACUUAUGCACUAGAUUGUGGGCUAUGCACCACGAUCGGACAAUAUUGUCCUUCGACAGGGUUCUAUCUGCUGAUGCCAUAAUGAUGAUGCUCAAACUGGGAAACGAUUAUAGAAUUUUAUGUAAUUUUUUAAUUUUGUCAUGAUUUGUUUGAAAAAAAAUUGACAAUAUUGGCAGCA